CAAACCUGCUUCUUGUGACUGCGAGCUUGAAAACAGCCAUCGAGUCUCGCAGAGGACUGUCACUGUUUUCUGUGCACACUUGGUAGUUUACUGAAUAACAACAUAAAGACAGCUAACGUAACAAGGGCCAUGGAAUCACAUGGCAAGGAUGAGCUGAAAGGGCCCGUGCUACAUAUCGUGGUGGUUGGAUUUCAUCACAAGAAGGGUUGUCAGGUGGAGUAUUCGUAUCCUCCCAUCAUCCCUGAUGAGGGCCAUGACAGCAGUCUCCUUCCCGAGGAGUGGAAGUACCUCCCCUUCCUCUGCCUUCCGGAUGGGGCACACAACUUCCAAGAAGACACCGUUUACUUUCAUUUACCACCCCUGGAUGGAGAGAUGAAAUGUGUCUAUGGUGUUUCCUGUUACAGACAGAUAGAGGCUAAGGCUCUUAAGGUGCGGCUGGCAGAUGUUACCAGGGAAACGGUGCAGAAGAGUGUGUGUGUCCUCAGUCGAGUGCCUUUGUAUGGCCUCCUUCAGGCCAAGUUACAGCUUAUUACUCACGCUUACUUUGAGGAAAAAGAUUUCUCCCAGAUAUCCAUUUUAAAGGAACUGUAUGAACACAUGAAUGGCUCUUUACGAGGCUCGUCUCUGGAUGGAUCACAGGUGUACUUGGGACUGUCUCCAAGAGAUUUAAUAUUGCACUUUCGACACAAGGUCCUCAUUCUUUUUAAACUUAUUCUCCUAGAGAAGAAGGUCCUGUUCUAUGUGUCUCCAGUGAACAGACUUGUUGGCGCCCUAAUGACUGUGCUGUCCCUUUUCCCGGGCAUGAUUGAGCAUGGCCUGGCCGACUCCUCCCACUACAGGCCAAAGAGCAGCGUGUCUGAAGAGCUGCCCCCGGUCAUCGAGGUAGUACCAGGCGCUGAGGAGUUUGUGUCUGUGUCGGUCACAGAUAUCGCCAAUGCCACACGCGAGCUGGAGGGGGCCACAGACACCCCGAAAGCCACACCCUCCCCUGGCAGCCCCGUCAGGGAGGACCCCCAUCUCCUGAAACCGCCCCAGCGCACCUCGCCGGACUCGUCCGAGAGCGACUGGGAGACGCUGGACCCCAGUGUGCUGGAGGAGGCGCAGCAGAAGGAGGAAGAGGAGGAGGCCGGUGGGGGGUCGGGGCCAGACAUCAGGGAGAAGGACUCAGAGGCCUUUGAGCCCAGCUUGCCCAUCACGGUGCAGCCACAGUCGAAUGCAGGCGGGCAGGGCGUGAUCACCCAGGGGCUGCUGUCUGGUUUGGAAGAGGACCAGCAUGGCCUGCCUCUCGCCAUAUUUACUAAGGGUUACCUGUGCUUGCCGUACAUGGCCCUACAGCAGCACCAUCUGCUCUCAGAUGUGACGGUGCGGGGCUUUGUUGCUGGGGCAACCAACAUCCUCUUUCGUCAGCAGAGGCACCUGAGUGACGCCAUAGUAGAUGUGGAGGAGGCCCGGAUCCAGAUCCAGGACCCGGAGCUGAGGCGGCUACUGAGUCUGACCACAGCUGACUUGCGCUUCGCAGACUACCUGGUCAAGCAUGUGACCGAGAACCGCGAGGACGUCUUCCUGGAUGGGACCGGCUGGGAGGGAGGCGAUGAGUGGAUCAGAGCGCAGUUCAACCUUUAUGUGCUCUCUCUGCUUUCCUCCACACUACAGCAAGAUAAUGAGAAGCUGUUGGCUGAUUAUGGAGCUCCAUUCGUCUCAGCCUGGAGGAUCACACACAACUUCAGAGUGUGGUACAGCAACAAGCACCCAGCCAUGACUGAGAUUACACCUGGCCAUCCUUUCCUUGGUCAGUAUGGUGUGGCGGACAUGAAGCUGCGUCUCUCACACUCUGUGCAAAAUAGUGAGCGCGGGAAAAAGAUUGGCAAUGCUGUGAUGACCACCAGCCGGAGUGUGGUUCAAACGGGGAAGGCUGUAGGUCAGUCUGUAGGGGAUGCCCUGACCAGUGCAAAGUCAGCCAUGUCAUCGUGGUUCUCCACCUUGGCCCAGCCAGCUGCUGUGACCUCCCCAACCUGUCCUGAGACCCAUGUACCCGAUGAGUGACACCCACACCUCCUCAUGAACUAUGAUAAACCUUCAGCAUGUAAGCAAACCAGAUACAGAGGCAAUCCAGGGACACUGAUCACCCCUCCUGCCACAUUUCCUUGGAUUGUUUAAGAUAACUUAAGGUUGGUUCAUGGUUCAGGUAGCACUGAUGUUCUACCACGAUUGGAUUCUUGGUAUUCCAACCAUCGUUUGCCUCCAUGCUAUCCAUGGCUCACUUGAACUUCAGCUUCAGGAUGAACUUGAUACAUCAGGCACUGUCAACCAUGGACUUCACGGUCAAGACAGCAAAAUGCCAUCUCCACACUAGCGUACAUUUAGAUCUCUUAUCUUCAUUUGUUACCACUGACCAGAACUGGCCAAGCAUCUUACACCAAUCUUCCCAGUGUCUUAGUUGUUUCUUUUGAUCAAACACUGCAGACACUAACCCUUGGCCCUGAGAAUUCCGUUAUUAUCUUUUAAUCCCUUAUCCGUUAAUAUUUCCUGAACAUAAUCUGAAUGGAGUCGAUUGGAGGGUGAUCAUGAAGGAUCCAAGUCCAGGUGUUCUGGGAGUACAGUAUGUUUAUGUUUGUUUAUGUAUCUCUGUGUGUGUAUACAUAUAUAUGUUUGUAUGUGUGUGUGUUUGUUUGUGUGUGUUAAGAGUGCGGUGGGUGCUUGUGUGUCAAAGCUGUCGCUGCAGGGAGUGAAACAUCCACGUGAACACUGCUGUAGGCCAGAAUAGCUGGCUUUAUUUUAGUAUCUUAUGAACCGAACGGGAUUUUUUCUGCUGCUGAAGAUUUGGUGGUUAUGUGAGUUUCAACUAAGAGAUUCCCUUGCCCAUGUAAUAGAUCUGGGGUCUUAUAUCACUAUAGAACGGCCUCUUAUGGCAUUGACCGUAUAUAGUAGCUUUUACGAGGUUGCUGUCCAACAAGAGGCCAUUGGGAGAGAUGUCAAACUGGGUAAUAUCAUUCUGAGUUCAAGACCGUCUAGUAUGGCAUCGGACUAAAUGACCCAUGGCCCAUUAUUAACUGUUGCAGUUGCAUGUAUCUCUUGGUAGCCCAAUAUCCCUCUAAAAGGGGAUGAUCACAGGACAUCCACAGGGUUUAUGGAUCCUCUCAGCAGUGAAGUGGUUGAUUUCAUUCUAGUUUAAGGGUUAUUUACCUGGACCUCUUCAUGAUAAUGCUGCCAGUCUUUGAGCUGUCACAUCAAUUUGAUGAGAUCUCAGUCUAUUAUAGGUAUUACUUGCAGUCUGCCCUGAUAUAGACUGUCCUAUCGGAGGUUUUCUACUGUUGAUGUUCAGGUUUGACCUUUGGCAUCAGAGGUAGAUUGGAUAACAUUCAAAUGUAUGCAUUAGCAUGUGCCUGAGGGUCAACCCUUCCCCAUGUCCUCCAUUGCCUACUGUAUUUUUGAGACUGUACAGAAAUCUUAUACUUUAAUGAAGGACUAAAUGUAAAACAAUGGACGUCUUAGACUGAGAGUGCAGACUAUGUAAUGCGUUGACCUAUUAUUAUAUUUGCUUUUUAUUUGCAUGGGUGUUUUGCAAUACACCCAUUUAAACUGUAAAUUGUUUUGGUGAGAAUGCUGAAUAGACCUAAAUUAACUGAAAUUGAGGAUGUCUUAGGUUUAUGUAUUUUCUAUUAAUUUAAUUGAGGACAUCCGAUGCUCUCCUUUUUAUCAUGUUUUCCCCAAUAUCACUAUUGCACACAAAGCUGCAUUAGCUGUUUUAUCUGAUAAAAGUAUUUACGUGUGUAUGUAUAAAAUAUGAAUGUAUUCCUUUUCCAACGAGAGCUGUAUAAUUCUCAACCUAUUUUCCUGAUAAAUGCUUUUAAAGUCAAAAGAAAACAAGUAGAAUUAAGACAAUAAUAUUGAUGUAAUAAACAGGAAUACAUCUAU